AUGGUUCACAUAACAGCCUUUCCCUCCCCCACUCCCUCCCCCACUCCCUCCCCCACUCCCUCCCCCACUCCCUCCCCCACUCCCUCCCCCACUCCCUCCCCCACUCCCUCCCCCACUCCCUCCCCCACUCCCUCCCCCACUCCCUCUCAUCGCAGUGAGGUGCUGGACAGUGGGGCUCGGGGCUGUGUGCCCCACAGGAGCCGGGCAGUCCUGUGUUGUCAAGCAGUGCCUCUCCUCCCAGUUCUGCUUCCAGUGCAGCGAGCAAUGAAAUUCCCUCACAGAACAGCCAUUCCCUCCCCCACUCCCUCCCCCAGUCCCUCCCCCACUCCUUCCCCCACUCCCUCCCCCACUCCCUCUCAUCGCAGUGAGGUGCUGGACAGUGGGGCUCGGGGCUGUGUGCCCCACAGGAGCCGGGCAGUCCUGUGUUGUCAAGCAGAGCCUCUCCUCCCAGUUCUGCUUCCAGUGCAGCGAGCAAUGAAAUUCCCUCACAGAACAGCCAUUCCCUCCCCCACUCCCUCCCCCACUCCCUCCCCCACUCCUUCCCCCACUCCCUCCGCCACUCCCUCUCAUCGCAGUGAGGUGCUGGACAUGAGGUGCUGGACAGUGGGGUCGUAUGCCCCACAGGAGCCGGACAGUCCUGUGUGGUCAAGCAGAGCCCGUCCUCCCAGUUCUGCUACCAGUGCAGCGAAUUCUGCCCCUCCUGCAUCCCCAUCCCUGACCCCCCCCUUCCCCCACUCCCACCCCCACUCCCUCCCCCACUCCCACCCCCACUCCCACCCCGAAUCCCCCCCACUCCCUCCCCCACUGCCUCCCCCACUCCCACCCCCACUCCCUCCCCCACUCCCUCCCCCACUCCCUCACCACAGUGAGGUGCUGGACAGUGGGGUCGUAUGCCCCACAGGAGCCGGACAGUCCUGUGUGGUCAAGCAGAGCCCGUCCUCCCAGUUCUGCUACCAGUGCAGCGAAUUCUGCCCCUCCUGCAUCCCCAUCGCGGAGCCCACCCCUCCCUCUCCUCCUCCUGCUCCUCCUCCUCCUCCCUCCUCCGGCCUGUCUGUGGGAGCUAUUGUUGGGAUUGCUCUGGGAGGUGUCCUAGCUGCUGCUCUCCUCGCUGGCGGCGUGUGGCUUAUCUACAAACGCAAGUCCACUGCAGAUUCUGCUCAUGGAGAUGGAGGAGAUGGCAUCAAAGAGCCAUCGGCUCAGUUGUUUUAUUUUUCUUCAUUUCCGUUCCCCCUGCAGGUGGAGGAGAUGGCAUCAAAGAGCCAUCCACACUUGGUGCGGCUGCUGGGGUACUGUGUGGACAUGGAUACAACCACGGAGCACUACGAACAGAUUGUCAUUUACGAGUUCUGCACCAAUGGGGACCUCGAGAAGUAUCUAAGUGGAGGGGUUGGAGGCAUCAAGCCCGCCAACAUGCUGCUCGAUGCCCGCAUGCAGGUGUGGGGAGGAGGAAGGGUAAUUGGGGGGGGGGAGAGGAGGAGUGCGAUGGAGUGCGGUUGGGGAGCCAACAUGCUGCUCGAUGCGCGCAUGCAGGUGGGGGGAGGAGUAAGGGAAAAGGGAAGGGGAUGUGAUGGUUGA